AUGUUUAGGGUCUCAUCCGUUCUACCUUCUGACACCAUCUAUAUUACAAUCUUGCGUGAUCCUGCAACUCAAUUUGAGUCAGUUUUCAAAUAUUUUAAGCAAGACGUUGUACCAUUUAGUCGAGCUGAAGGUAAAAGUGGACUGAAAGAUUUUGUUUCUGACCCGAAAAAAUAUUUCAACGGGAAAGGCGACGGUAGAUUUUGGUGGGUCGCUCAAAAUGGAAUGUUCUUCGAUCUGGGAUUCGAUAAUUUAUCUGAUGACGAAAAAUAUAUCCAAAAAUCAAUCGCAAAAAUUGAAGGAAUAUUCGACCUUGUUUUAAUUUCAGAAUAUUUCGAGAUUUCUCUGCUUUUACUGAAAGACGUGCUCCAUUGGAACAUAAAAAAUAUUGUAUAUUUAUCAAUGAACGCAAGAAAUCAAUCAGAUGUGGAGCACGUGAGUUCUGACGUCAUAGAUCAGAUAAGAAAAUGGAACAAAGCUGACUACACGAUGUAUAGAUAUUUCAAUGAAACAUUUUGGCGUCGGGUAGAAGCUUACGGAAAAGACAGACUUGAACACGACCUGAAAGAAUUUAGAAAAUUACGAAAAGAAAUUGAAGAGCUUUGUGUCGAAGAUAAACUCGUAAAUAGUAAAGAUAUUGCGGACGAGACUUACAAAAUGUUCACGCCCACCGGGGUCAAUGUUACCCAAUAUAAAUUGAAAGAACAAGCACAAAACAACGCUCUAUGCAAGGGGUUAAUAUACCCCGAAUACGUUUGGUAUAAAAAGUUAAUAGAACAGCAAUAUCCACCACAAUAA